UAGAUCUUGGCCCAAAGUUGCUAAGAAGCUGGCAGGAAAUAAACAAGGACCCGAAAGAAAGGUGGCUUUUGCAAAGGAAAGCAAAACAGCAGCGCAGAGCUCAAAGUCUCCGAGGCUGGACAGUUGUCGCGGGAAGUGAGCGAGCUCCGCUUUGCAGGCGACGAGGCGUCCUGGUCUUCCCCGCCCGCUUGCUCCCUUCCACCGCCGGCCAGCGAAGGGCCUUUCCUGCCUUCGGCCGACGAUGGCUUCCGAGAGGAGAGCGAGCGACGAGGAGUGCCUCCAAGAUGGCACCUGCGACGUGUGCGAGCCAGACGAGGCGCAGAGGGCCGUGCAGGCCUGCGAGGACUGCGGCUUCUCCUUCUGCGGGCCUCACGCCCAGGAGCACAGCCGCAAGUACGGCGCCCACCGGACGGCUGGCGUGGCCGCUGCGGAGCCGCCGGGCAGGGAGGCCGCGGAGCCGGAGCGGGUCCCCGGAGUCGGAGAAGGGGAGCGCAAGGCGGAGCGCAGGAAGUGCGAGGAGCACGGCGAAGACCUCAGCUUGUACUGCAAGGAGCACGAGAAGAUCAUCUGCGUGCUGUGCGCCGUGUCAGGCUCCCACCAGCAGCACGAGAUCAUCACGCUCAACGACGCCUACGAAGCCGUCCGGAACAGAGAACAUGUGGACCUGAAGGUGGCCAUGCUAGAUAUGGUGGAAAGGUUAAAGUUCAAGUGCGCAGACCCCAGAGUGACACAGGGUGCCAUGAAGCUGUGCAUUCAGCAAGAGUUCGACAAAGUACGGCGCCUGGUUUGUGAAGAGGAGCAAAGAGCUCUCCACUUGGUGGAUCUCCAAGAGGCACUGGCCACUGCUCACACGACAGAGGUUCUGGCAGAAAUCGAUGUCCGCAUGGAGAAACUGAUGACUGAAAUGGCAGAGCUCACAAGGCAGCUGAACACCUUUAAUGAGCUAGCCAUGCUCAAGCCUGAGAGCACAGAUGAAGAAAACAGGGCUAACUCUCUCCCUUCACCAAGUCCCUCCCAAAGGAAUAGGCGAUACAACGAUGACGAUCCUUCGCCUGCCAAUGGACCCUGUUGAAUCAGCAAAGGUUGUUGAGCUUCUGAGGAGAUGGUGCAGGAAUUUUCCCUUGCAGAGGAUGGUCCUACAUUGAAAACUCCUGUGGUGAAGAAGUCCUUGGAAGAUGAUCUGAAUCUCUGGCAGAAACAACAGUCGCCUUCUGCUUUUACAGUACACUUCUGCCUUCGAGACAACCUGUCUCUUCUCCCAGACACAUCCUUUGCAAGCACGCUUCUUUUCACGCCUAAUGAUUUAUUCAAUCAUCAAUCACCUUAUUUCUAAGGGUUGACAAACAAUCUUCUCAAAGACAAGACUGAAAACGUGGUGCUUACGAUGACUAUAAAAUGCCAUCACAGUAAAAAGUGGAAAUAACAUGCUCAUAUUUUCAUUUUUGUUGCAAGGUCCUCGACUAGGUUUCAAUCAUUCAGUGCAGCUAAGAUUGGGGG